UUCCCCGAGGGAGAUGCUGGUCAUGGCGGCGGCUGUACUUCCUCGUGGAGGCGCUGGAGGAGAUGUUGAAGGGAUGCUGGCAGAAGGGGAACAAUCAGAAGUGUCACCAAAAGGAUCCAAAGAGGAGGAGGAGCAAAGGAAGCUGAGGGUUCAAGAUGGAGGCAGCAGGGGAGAGGGGAGACGAAAGCAGAAACUGGAGGGUGAUUUUGGUACAGCUCAGGGUGGUGAAAAUCAAAUUCACAGAAAGAAGAAAAAGCAUCAAUGUACAGUGUGUGGAAAGAGAUUGGGUAGUCGCUCAGCUCUUACUUUACAUCAAAGACUACACACAGGAGAGAAACCGUAUACAUGUUCCGAGUGUGGAAAGAGCUUCAGUCAGAGUGGUGCCCUUUCCUCGCAUCAAAGAACUCAUACAGGGGAGAAACCUUAUAAAUGUUUGGAGUGUGGAAAGAGCUUCAGUUACAGCAGCGGCCUUACGUCGCAUCAACGAACUCAUACAGGGGAGAAACCUUAUAAAUGUUUGGAGUGUGGAAAGAGCUUCAGUCAUACUAGUUCCCUUAUCUUGCACAAACGAACUCAUACAGGGGAGAAACCGUAUAAAUGUUCAGAGUGUGGAAAAAGCUUCAGUCGGUGUGACCAGCUUACCUCGCAUCAAAGAUCUCAUACAGGGGAGAAACCGUAUUCAUGUUCAGAGUGUGGAAAGAGCUUCAGUCAAAGUGGUAACCUUACCUCGCAUCAAAGAUCUCAUACAGGGGAGAAACCGUAUACAUGUUCAGAGUGUGGAAAGAACUUCAGUGACAGUGGUACCCUUACCUUGCAUCAAAGAAGUCAUACAGGGGAGAAACCAUAUACAUGUACAGUGUGUGGAAAGAGCUUCAGUAACAGUAGUUCCCAUAGUAGACACCGAAGAACUCAUACAGGGGAGCAACCGUAUACGUGUUCCGAGUGUGGAAAGAGCUUCAUUCAUAGUCAAAGCCUUACGUCGCAUCAACGAACUCAUACAGGGGAGAAACCUUAUAAAUGUUUGGAGUGUGGAAAGAGCUUCAGUCAUACUAGUUCCCUUAUCUUGCACAAACGAAUUCAUACAGGAGAGAAACCAUAUAAAUGUUCAGAGUGUGGAAAGAGCUUCAAUCACAGUGGUACCCUUACCUUGCAUCAAAGAUCUCAUACAGGGGAGAAACCGUAUACAUGUUCUGAGUGUGGAAAGAGCUUCAGUAAGAAUUGUAGCCUUACCUCGCAUCAAAGAACUCAUACAGGGGAGAAACCGUAUACAUGUUCAGAGUGUGGAAUGAGCUUCACUCAAAGUGGGGGCCUUAAGUCACAUCAACGAAUUCAUACAGGGGAGAAACCGCAUACAUGCAGCAAACCUUAUAAAUGCUGGGAAUGUGACAAGAGCUUCAGUCGCAGCGACACCCUUUUCGUGCAUCAAAAAAUUCAUAUAGGGGAGAAACGAUAUACAUGUUUGGAGUGUGGAAAGAGUUUCAGCCAGAGUUGCACCCUUAAAUUGCAUCAAAGACUGCACACAGGAGAGAAACCUUAUAAAUGUUUGGAGUGUGGAAAGAGCUUCUGUCGCGGUAGCCAUCUCACGUUGCAUCAAAGAACUCACACGGGAGAGAAACCGUAUACAUGUUCGGAGUGUGGAAAAAGCUUCACUGUCAGUAGUAGCCUUACUAUACACCAAAGAACUCAUACAGGGGUGGUCAUGGCGGCGGCUGUACUUCCUCGUGGAGGCGCUGGAGGAGAUGUUGAAGGGAUGCUGGCAGAAGGGGAACAAUCAGAUGUGUCACCAAAAGGAUCCAAAGAGGAGGAGGAGGAAAGGAAGCUGAGGGUUCAAGAUGGAGGCAGCAGGCGAGAGGGGAGACGAAAGCAGAAGUUGGAGGGUGACUCUGGUACGUCUCAGGAUGGUGAAAAUCAAAUUCACAGAGAGGAGAAAAAGUAUGAAUGUACAGUGUGUGGAAAGAGAUUGGGUAGUCGCGUAGCCCUUACUUUACAUCAAAGAAUACACACAGGAGAGAAACCGUAUACAUGUUCCGAGUGUGGAAAGAGCUUCAGUCAAAGUUGGGCCCUUACCUCGCAUCAAAGAACUCAUACAGGGGAGAAACCUUAUAAAUGUUUGGAGUGUGGAAAGAACUUCAGUUACAGUAGCGGCCUUAUGUCACAUCAACGAAUUCAUACAGGGGAGAAACCUUAUAAAUGUUUGGAGUGUGGAAAGAGCUUCAGUCGGUGUGGCCAGCUUACCUCCCAUCAAAGAUCUCAUACGGGGGAGAAACCGUAUUCAUGUUCAGAGUGUGGAAAGAGCUUCAGUCAAAGUGGUAACCUUACCUCGCAUCAAAGAUCUCAUACAGGGGAGAAACCGUAUACAUGUUCAGAGUGUGGAAAGAGCUUCAGUAACACUGGUGCCCUUACCUUGCAUCAAAGAAGUCAUACAGGGGAGAAACCAUAUACAUGUUCAGAGUGUGGAAAGAACUUCAGUGACAGUGGUACACUUACCAGGCAUCAAAUAACUCAUACAGGGGAGAAACCAUAUACAUGUUCCGAGUGUGGAAAGAGUUUCAUUCAUAGUCACAGCCUUACAUCGCAUCAACGAACUCAUACAGGGGAGAAACCGUAUAAAUGUUUGGAGUGUGGAAAGUGCUUCAGUCACAGUAGUUCCCUUAUCUUGCAUCAACGAACUCAUACAGGAGAGAAACCAUAUAAAUGUUCAGAGUGUGGAAAGAGCUUCAGUCACAGUGGUACCCUUACCUUGCAUCAAAGAUCUCAUACAGGGGAGAAACCAUAUACAUGUUCUGAGUGUGGAAAGAACUUCACUGAGAAUAGUACCCUUACCUCACAUCAAAGAUCUCAUACAGGGGAGAAACCGUAUACAUGUUCAGAGUGUGGAAGGAGCUUCACUCAAAGUGGGGGCCUUAAGUCACAUCAACGAAUUCAUACAGGGGAGAAACCGCAUACAUGUUUGGAGUGUGGAAAGAGCUUCACUCGCAGCAAUGCACUUACAAGACAUCAACAAACUCAUCAAGGCAGCAAACCUUAUAAAUGCUGGGAAUGUGACAAGAGCUUCAGUCGCAGCGACUCCCUUUUCUCUCAUCAAAAAAUUCAUAUAGGGGAGAAACGAUAUACAUGUUUAGAGUGUGGAAAGAGCUUCAGCCACAGUUGCAGCCUUACCUUGCAUCAAAGACUGCACACAGGAGAGAAACCUUAUAAAUGUUUAGAGUGUGGAAAGAGCUUCUGUCGCGGUAGCCAACUCACGUUGCAUCAAAGAACUCAUACAGGAGAGAAACCGUAUAUAUGUUCAGAGUGUGGAAAAAGCUUCACCUGCAGUAGCUCCCUUACAUUGCAUCAAAGAAUUCAUACAGGAGAGAAACCGUAUACAUGUUCGGAGUGUGGAAGGAGCUUCAGGUGCGGUAGCUCAUUUAAGUAUCAUCAAAUAACUCAUACAGGAGAGAAACCGUAUACAUGUUCGGAGUGUGGAAAAAGCUUCACUGUCAGUAGUAGCCUUACUAUACACCAAAGAACUCAUACAGGGAGUGAAUCUUAGAAAUGUUUGGCUUAUGGAAAGAACUUCAGUGACAGGGGCUCCCUUACUAAACAGUAAAGAACUCAUACAGGGAAAACAUCUUAGAAAGGUUGGAGUGUGGGAAGAUCUUUAAUCAUAUCAAAUAACUCCUACAGAGAGUAAGCCAAUGAUUGUGUUCAGAAUUAGAAUUUGCUUCCAUUAGAAUUUUUAUUCCUUUUAGUGG